AUGUCGUCGUCGUUCGUGUGGGACCUCAAAAACUCGAGCGGCUUUGUCCAUGGCCAGCGCUACACGCUCGACCCGGCGUCGCAGCAUGUGCCGUUGAACGCGACGCAGAGAGCACUUCGUCCGCCUCGACCUAUCGUCCCUGCAAACUACGAGACGUUCAUUGGACUGCCCUCGUACCGCGACGGCAACCGCUGCGGCUUCACGCUCUUCACGGCCCUGUCGCGCGCGUCACGCCCCGAAUCCCUUGUGAUUGGUGUCGUCGAUCAAACCCGCGCCGGUGACGUUGCGUGCGUCGACGCCUACUGCCAACUUGCCGCCGCGCACUGGCCCACCGACACGACGUGCCGGUACCAAGAUCGCAUCCGCGUCGAUGCACGUGACGCGGAUGCGUCGACGGGUCCGAUCGCAGCGCGCGUGCGUCUUAAUGCGCUCAUCCAAGACGAAGCCUUUUGCCUCUUGACCGACGCCCACAUGCAGUUUCUACCAAACUGGGACGACGAACUCGUCGCCGACUGGACGCGCACCGAGAACGAGAUGGCGGUCCUCUCCGUGUACCCGCGUGGCUUUGAAUGGAUCGGGCCCAAUCUCACGCCGCCCGUGACCCAGACGCGUCACAUUUGCUACUUUGAGCAUCCGGCGCCCGCGAUUGUGCCAAUCUACAGCUCGAUUUUGCUCGACAACUCGAGCACGCCGCAGCUCGGCGCGUUUGUCGGCGCGGGCUUUCAGUUUAGCAAGUGCCACGCGCAGACGCGGGUGCCCCUCGAUGCGCGUCUGCGCUGGGUCUUCCUCGGGGAAGAGUUUUUGCGCUCGAUGCAGCUCUGGACGCACGGCUACGACAUCUACUCGCCGUCGCGGCAAGGCCACGUCGUCUUCCACGACGAGAACCGCAUCGGCCACAACGGCACGUUCUUUGAAAACGUGGACCGGGCUCGUGAAGACGCGGUGGACCUCGACGCACGCGCGAUGGAGCUCGAAUUGUCGAUGAACCGCAUUCGCCAGCAGGCGCACUUGCCCUUGAUGGGCGCGGCGGAUGAGACGGACGUGGAGACAUACUACCCGAAAGACCUUGUUCGGUCUGUGGACGCCUACCUCGCCUUUGUAGGCGUCUCCAACACAGAUGUCACUAAGGAGCAAUCGCCCUGCGACCAGCUCCACUGGGUCCCAUACACCGACCCAGCGCCGAUCCAAGCGCUCGUACCAGGCUACGCGAUGGUGGACAUGCAGCGCAACAACGAAACUGCAUCGGUUCAUGUCCCGUACACCAACCCAGCGCCGAUCCAAGUGCCCGUACCAGGCGACGAGACGGUCGCCAUGCAGCACAACGAUACGGUCGACAUGCAGCGCAAAAACGAUGCUGCAUCGGUGUGCCUUGUGGCUGUCGUGGUUGUCGUGGCACUUGCGGCGGUGGUGGGCGGCUGCGUGCGGCGCUGUCGCCGCCAAGCGGUAGCCUAUACCCGCGUGGCCACCGAGGGCGAAGACGACACGUGUGCACUCAAACGGGUUUAA